AAACCCUAUAAUUCAUUUCAGAAAAUAAAGAAGAUCAUUUUUCUUAACUUUGUAUAAGCAUAUUCAUUCAAUCUAAUUCAUCAAAAAAAAAAAAAUCAAUCUAAGGCCAUGUUUGGUCAAUAAUAAUAAAACUCCAUCAAUUUCUCUUCACAAACCAAAUCACUCUCCAUGUUUUCCUUUCUCUUCUUCCGUCUUUCCAUUACUUUCCUUCUGCUUUCUCUUCUUCAUGUUCUUGCUUCUGCAAAUAAUACUACACAAGCAAUUUCUCUUCUAAAAUGGAAAAAUACGCUCGAUUCUUCAACCCGAUCCGCCUUGUCUUCUUGGGUUGGUGACAGCCCCUGUAAUUCUUCUUGGACUGGUAUUUCUUGCGACGACUCUGGAUCCGUCGCUAAUAUAACUCUGCCAAGUUAUGGUCUGAAAGGUACUCUUCAGAAUCUCACCUUCAUUUCAUUUCCCCGUCUGAGGUUUCUUAACCUCACCAACAACUCUAUCCAUGGCGGAUUUCCUUCUCAAAUCGGCGAUCUUUUAAAACUCGACACGCUUGACUUGUCGAAUAAUGAAAUCUCAGAUUCGAUUCCUCAAGAAAUCGGAAAGUUAAGCUCUGCUACUUACAUUGAUUUAUCAAACAAUCGUCUAUCCGGUGUAAUUCCCAAUUCUAUCGGAAACUUGACAGAGCUUUCGGUUCUUUAUCUUGGUCAGAAUCAACUUUCCGGUUCAAUACCUGAAGAUAUCGGAAUGUUAAAGUCGCUCACUGAUUUUCAGUUAUCAUCUAAUUUUCUGACCGGCUCAAUUCCACCUUCUAUAGGGAACUUGUCAAACCUGUCAAUUCUUUAUCUUGACGACAACAAACUCUCCGGUUUCAUACCUCAAGAAAUCGGAAAAUUGAGAUCCUUAAGUGAACUCGCGUUGUUAAACAAUAAUCUGACCGGUUCAAUUCCGUCUUCCAUAGGAAACCUGACGAACCUCGAGAUGCUUAUUCUUUUCAACAACUCACUCUCUGGUUCCAUACCUCAAGAAAUUGGAAAAUUGAAAUCUCUCACUCACCUUGUAUUAUCAUUCAAUUUUUUCACAGGUUCAGUCCCGGCUUCCAUAGGGAGCCUGACAAAUCUAUCAGAACUCUAUUUCGGUAGCAAUAAACUUACUGGAAUACUUCCUUUAGAGCUUAAUAGUCUUACUCAUUUAAAAGCUUUUGAUGCAUUUUCUAAUAAAAUAAGCGGCCGUUUACCUGAAAACGUCUGCCUCGGCGGAAUACUGGUGUAUUUUUCUGUUCAAGACAGUAAUUUCAGCGGUUCAGUACCGAGAACAUUGAAAAAUUGCAGCAGCUUAUGGAGGAUGCAGCUUCAGAAAAAUCAACUCACCGGGAAUAUAUCUGAAGAUUUCGGCGUGUACCCGCUUUUGACCUAUAUGGAUAUCAGUGAUAAUAAAUUUUACGGUGAGCUUUCUUGGAAAUUUGAAGAGUUUCAUAAUUUGUCAACCUUCAGAAUCUCAAACAAUAAUAUAUCUGGUCGAAUUCCAACUCAACUCGUCGAGGCAACCCAAUUGCAGUUACUUGAUCUUUCAUCAAAUCAGUUAGUAGGAGAGAUUCCGAAGGAAUUUGCGAAGUUGAAGCUGAUAAAACUAUCUAUAUAUUAUAUAAUUGAGAGGAUCAACGGAGGCCUCUCAUUGAUUUCUAUAAAAUAGAGCACCCUCAUUGAUUCUCAUCAAAUAGAGCAUUCUCAUUAGUUCCCACCUUUUUUAAAACACUCAUAUUUAUUUAAUUUUAUAAAUCUCUUUUAAUUUACAUUAACUUUCCAACAUGUAUUUCUCUGCAUUACGUUUCUCUGCAUUCCAAACUCUACCAAAUUUCAGCAAACCUCAUUCCAUCUUCAAGCAAAAAUCAGCAAACAAUUCAAGCCCAAAUCAGCUAAAAAAACCAAGGUCAAAUUCUCUGCACUGCAUGUAACUAAAUCAAAGACUUUGCCAAAUUUUAGCGAACCUCAUUCCAUCUUCAAGCAAAAACCAGCAAACAGGUUUUUAUUUAGGGUUUAAAUAUUUUUAGCUGAUGAAAAAUAAUUUGCUUUAUCGUCUUUAGUGAUUUUACUCCCAUAGGUCACUAUAUUCAUAAGAUUGCAAUCUGCAAAAGAGACUUCUGCCGCAACAUUAUUUACAUAUUCAGGACAUCCUUUGGCUCUUUUGUAGCAAUCUGGCCUAUUCUUUUAAUAUGGCACCAAGAAAAAGAAAAAUCAUAGCAACAACCAAUAUAUAUAUACAGGUGAGUAUUAAUUUAUUUUAAUAUAUACUGUCAUUGAAUUGAUACUUAUUAUUCAGUUAAAGUUUUUUUUAAUCUGGAUUUGAUUGCAUGAAUAUAAUACUGAAUUUAUUGAAUAAUUUAGUUUGUAAAUAUAAUGUACCAAUACUUCUAAUUUUAUGACAUGGCCUUGAAGUACAUGUUUGUUGUGUUUGUCCAUAUGACAAGGAAAUUAUUCAGGUAAUUUACGCACUUCCUUUUGAUGCUUUGUAUGUUUAUUAGUAGAAUUUAAAAUAUUACUAUGUGAUUUCAUCGUGGUGUAUCAAUUGUAUCAAUAAAUCUAAAAAGCAGAUCCAAUUUCCUUCAUAAAAUGAAAAGGAGUUUAUGAAAUCAUCCAAAUGAUAUCAAAUAUAGACUACCUUCAAAUUUAUGAAUUUAAAUUUUUGGAUUUCAAGCUUACACAACCAUGAUGUCAAUCCUGUUCUUGAUCCUAACAACAAACAAAAGGUGAUUUAGCAGUUCAUAUCAAAUCUACAGGGUAAAAUCUUUUAAGUAGUUGUUAGUUUACAAAUCUGACAAUCUUUGCUUGCUAAGGCUAUUGUAUGGAGUAUUCGCAGCUGACAAAAACCAACUCAUUUGGACAUUUCUACACCGAGUUAUGAAGUUUUGAAGUUCAAGGUUGUGGAGGCUGAGGGUUGCACGAAUCGUGCAACACCUUGCACGAAUCGUGCAUAAGUAGAGCAGAAGCAGAUUGUUCCCAGAGAUAUUGCACGAUCCGUGCACCCAUGUUAAGUUGGUUUGCACGAUUCGUGCAAAGGCUUAAAGUUAGAAUCGAAAAUCUGAAGAAAAGGACAAGGCUUAUGCACACUUUCUCUUUUGGCCCAACACUCUUUUGUAGGAUGUUUUUAUUUCCCUUUUUGAGAACACUAUAAGUACUACUUUAUGUUUCAAAUUAGGGUAUGAUGCAACAACACUUAUUCUCUACA